AUGAUCCCCCGCGCCGAAACCCAACGAAGUCGUUUCAAUCUCUGGGUCCCGACUAAAGCUGUGUCCGAGAAUCCGACUGGCCCUCCCGCUGGUUCUGGCACGUCAGGAAGUCCAACAUCGGGUUUGAGCGCUCCAGAAUCGAGAAGGAGCCGAAUCAGGGUCCGUCUUUCUCGAAGUGGCUCUCGCAUUCUUUUGCUUCUCGGACUGCGUGGGUCAAAGAGUGACAAAGGUUUGGACAUCGAUACUGAUUCCUCGAACUCCAUCCAAGCUGGCGUCAAGAGUACACAGAGCUCCCCUCCAUCUCCGGAUGGUAAUUGUGAUGGUAGUCCGGAAUAUCUAACCACAGCCGAGUCCCCCCAGAGUGAACCGUUGCCUGUCACUCCUUCUUUCAAUACCCUCAACGAGACGGCAGAGUCGCUUUCCGAGCCAUUGCCUAUUCUGCAACCGUUGUCUGAAGUUCCGGCUGAUCCAACGACCGAAGAUACUUUGCAGCAGAAUACCACAAGUGAAUCUCAAGCACCACCUCUCACUGGGCAAACGAGUCCAAUUAACUCCAAAUUCGUCGAUCGCUUUUCACACAAGAUCUCGCUAGCUUUUGGUCAACCCACUGUCAUUCGCCGUACUAAUCUUCGCUCCCGACCCAGUAUCCUUCGCGGCAAUCUACCAGGGGAAGAUAGAGGCAAUCAAGCCGAUGGAGCGGAUGAAAGUUCCUCACCCUCAACUUCACCCAGCGGCAGUGGCUCUCCGAUUGGCAGACACUCGACCCCUCUGGAGACCAGUAUAUCAUCCCCAUCGUCGGAUAAAUCCAAGACAUCUGACGAGCAAAAGCAAUUUACAGCAGUGACUACGUGGCCGUCGAUUCCCGAGGUCAUUGAAAAUGACGCGGACCAUCCGUUGGACACAAAAGACGAAACCGUUGCACCAUCAAUUAAAACGGUAGAGGCAACGGCUGUCGCCAAGGUAUACUUAGAGCUGCACUUCAAUUCAAUUUUCAACGACGAGGAUUCGCGACAGCAGCGUCAGCUGGAGCUGCAGCGGCAGUUAUGCUCGUUCGAACUUACCCCCGAGGAAUGCUUGUUGACAAUGCACAACUGGCUUCUACGGGAGAAUGACCAUCUUCGACAAUGCCGGGUUCUGAGAUCGAACAGAAAGAGGGCGCAAAGUGAAGAGACUAUCUCUCGUGCCGGAUACAAGUCUAUCAAGUUGCUUGGGAAAGGGAGCUUUGGUGUUGUGCGCCUGGUCAGAAAAGUUGAUGGCGUGCCAUGGGUAACCGAAGAUGACAAUUGCUCGCAUGCCAACGGAGCUACCAGUGCCAACAGCCGGUACAGGUCUCUAGGGAUUUUGAAGAACGCCGUGGAGGGAGCCAGACAGACCCGUCGGAGAUACAUGACAGGCGAAAAGAAAGAGUUUUACGCCAUGAAAGUCAUCAAAAAAGCUGGAAUGAUCCGCAACUCUCAAGAAGGUCAUAUUCGGGCUGAGCGAGACUUCCUUGUUGCAUCCGAAAGCUCUCGUUGGGUUGUUCCAUUGAUCGCCAGCUUCCAGGACACCAACAACCUCUACCUUGUGAUGGAUUACAUGGUAGGUGGAGACUUCUUAAGCUUCCUGAUUCGCAAGGACACCCUCCGCGAGGACUGGGCGCGGUUCUAUGUCGCUGAGAUGGUCUUAUGCAUUGAGGAGGCCCAUCGGCUUUUCUGGAUCCAUCGCGACGUCAAGCCUGACAACUUCCUCAUUUCAGCCUCGGGGCAUCUAAAAAUCUCCGACUUCGGUCUGUCUUUCAACGGCCACUGGUCUCAUGAUCAAGAUUAUUAUAACGUUCACCGCUAUUCUCUGUUGCAGAAGCUUGGUAUUGAGGUCAAAGGGGAUGCCGAGGACCAGAGGCUUGCUUCUACGCCGAAAGAUAUCUUUGAAAACAACUUGCCGUCUAUGAAUGACGAGGCUUCUCUUGAACCACCUAAUGCGGAUCUGCUAGACUGGCGGGAAAACUAUGGAAGACGCAGGUUUGCUAAGAGUGUGGUUGGAACCAGUCAGUACAUGGCCCCCGAGGUCAUUCGAGGUGAAAUGUAUGAUGGCCGAUGUGACUGGUGGAGUUUGGGAAUAAUUCUGUAUGAGUGCCUGUACGGGUUUACACCAUUCGGCUGCGAAAGCCGGCAUGACACAAAGGCCAAAAUCCUCGAACACGCAGACCAUUUGAAAUUCCCUCGGGAAAGGUCAUCGGACAAGAUGAUCUCUGCCGAUGCUCUAGACCUCAUUCUCAGGAUUCUUACAGAGCGCGAGUCUCGUCUGUGCUCCCCAAAAUACAGGGCAAAUGACAUUCUCAUAGGACGUCAAGUCUCCAAACAUUUUCUCUACUCGAUGGACACGCGGUACAAGAAUGUUGCAAGCUACUACGUAUAUGCGAACGACGCCACAGACAUCAAGAUCCAUCCCUUCUUCAGAGGGAUUCGAUGGCAAGACCUACACCUGUGUCAGCCACCCAUGGUUCCUAGAGUAAGGAGCUGGCAAGACACCCGGUAUUUUGAUGAGUGGAAGCUAGCCGACAAAGCCGAAGAUGUCGCUAGUGACUCGGAAGAAAAAGCGUGCCAUCUCGACAAGCAGUCUGGAUAUGCUUCUAUUAACCCACCAGACCCGACGGGAAAUGCUCUCCCUGAAUCUCAAGCUGUCAAAGCUACCCCCAAUCCAGCACCGGGGCAGGCGAAUUCUGUGCGGAAAAAAGAGAAGAAACGGCCUCGUGACAAAAUCCUUCGAGACGAAGAGCUGAGCAAGACAGUCUUGGAUAUUCGCAAAGCUGGAGCUUUCUUGGGAUAUACAUACCGGCGACCUAAUGAGGUUGCUUUGGCUUUUGGCUCGGAAAGAGGUCGUCAGCGUGCUCCUCGCGGCGAUUUGACAAGCCUUUUUGCUACGUGA